AUGGGUCCUUGGAUUGGCUUCACCAACAACUGGGGAAGGAUAGGGCCCAGGACAGGUUGUCAGCAGCGGGAAGCAGCAGAACAGCCCUGGCAGCAGCUGAAUGUGAAUGGCACUGUGUGCCCUAUGGGGAAGGCCAAGGACCUGGAGCAGAUGGUGGCUAUGAGAGACCAAGGGGACACAAAGAGAGCCCUGGAGUACCGAGGACGUGUGGACUUCCUGUUUUGCAGUGCCCCUGGUCAACCCUCUGGUGGGGAGAUGCCAGGAGCCAUUGAGCAGAUACCGAAUGUGAAUGUGAAGGCCCUAGUCCUGCUGCUGAGCCAGCUGCUGCGCCACGUGGAGAACAGGGGCUAUGGUUGCAGGGAGGGGGCUGUCACCCUGGUCUCUUCCAGUUCAUGCCAUAUGUGGAGCUGGAGGCCUACAGUUCUGGGCCUCACCAGGACAUUGGAGUUGGAGCUGGUCCCCAAGGACACCUGGGUGGAUUACUUCAUUCCAGGAGUGAUCAAGACUGACUUUGGCAAAGUGGAGAGGACUGAGCUUCCACCCAUGUUCAGGGCGUUAUCAUGGACCUUGAGGGGUCUUCAUUGCUCCUCCAUCCCUCUAUCAACAAGAAUGUUCAGUGAAAGAGCAGAUAAGAGCCGCUCCCUGGCUGAUAAAGUGGCGGUGAUCACCGGAUCUACUAAAGGGAUUGGCUUUGCCAUCGCCAGGCAUCUGGCCCAGAAUGGGGCCCAUGUGGUCAUCUGUAGCCGGAAGCAGUGGAACGUGGACCAGGCAGUGACCACUCUUCAGAAGGAGGGACUGAGCGUGACAGGCACUGUGUGCCAUGUGGGGAAGGCUGAAGACCGAGAUAGACUGGUGGCUAAGGCCCUAGAGCACCAUAAGGGCAUUGAUUUCCUGGUGUGUGUGGCGGGGGUCAAUCCCUUGGUGGGGAGCACUCUGGGAGCCAGUGAGCAAGUCUGGGACAAGAUCCUGGGCGUGAAUGUGAAGGCCCCGGCCCUGCUGCUGGGCCAGCUGCUGCCCCACAUGGAGAACAGGGGGGGAGGCUCUGUGGUUCUGGUCUCAUCUGUGGCAGCUUAUAUGCCAAUAUCAAAGCUGGGAGUCUAUAAUACCAGCAAGACGGCCUUGUUGGGCCUCUGUAAGUCUCUGGCUGUGGAGCUGGCUCCAAAAGGCAUCCGAGUGAACAGCAUAGUACCAGGAAUAAUCAAGACCGACUUUAUUCAAAUGGAGAAAACAUUGUCGUACACGCCAUCUGAUUUGAACAAAAUCUAUGGAUUGCAGCGGCUUGGGGAGCCAGAGGACUGUGCGGGGAUUGUAUCCUUCCUGUGCUCUUCAGACGCCAGCUAUAUCACUGGGGAGAACAUCACAGUGGCUGGCUACUCUCCUAAGCUGUGA